AACUUUGUUUGUAGGAGGAUCUUAGCAGAAAACGUAAUUCAUGGCUGGGGCAAGGAUAUUGAUAGUGGAAAAAUCUAUAUCUUCUAAUAAACUCCAUUUAGGUUUCAUUUUCUUGAAUAAUGGCGGUGCCACUGGCCAGGCCGUAUCAUUGCUAGCAACAGCUGUUGAGAUUCUUGUAACAGGUGAAACCAUGCAAAUGAUGGCUACAACUGACCAACAUUAUAGUAUGGAGUAUCAUAUGGACAAGUCAUACAACAAGACAGCAUCAUUCAUAUCAAACAGCUGCAAGGCAAUGGCGCUUCUAUCUGGCCAAACAGCAGGAGUUGCAGAGUUGGCUUUUGAUUAUGGAAAGAAUGUGAGAGGAAACAUGCUCUCCAAUGCCAAAUCUGUAAGUAAAUAUUACAAUGAAGGGAAGAUAAAUCGCAAAAUGGAUGCCCUACCAAUGCAAUCUCGGGGUGCUUACUGUGGAUUAAUCUUGUGUGGGUUGGCGUAUCGAUUGAUAGAUGAUAUUCUUGAUUUCACGGGCACAUCAGCUUCCUUGGGGAAGGGUUCUUUAUCUGACAUACGGUUUGUAAUCCAUCUUUCCUUGCUUGGAUAUCUCAGUUUUCCUAUGAUUGCAUGCUGGAAACAUGUUUAUGGAAUAAUAACCUCUCCUAUGUUAUUUGCCCUGGAAGAGUUCCCUCAGUUGCGCGCAAUCAUUGAUCAGGGCUUUGAAAAUCCAUCCAAUGUUGAUACUUUGAGCAAUAAUUUCAUUGAUCAUAUGCAUCCUCAUCCUCGUCCUCAUCAUCUUGUCCUUUCUGUGGACAAUAGAGGCACUGGAAUACCUUUGGAAGAGUCGUGGAAUAGAAAGAACAGAAAGCUGGCAAAAAACCAUAGUGAUCUUGCUGCACAGCAAUUGAUUCCCUUCCUGAAAGCAACAGUGAGGAUGUAAGAAAUUAAAGGCGGACACUUGUUAUUCUCACUAAAAGAUUGGUUAUAAGCAAUAAGUGAAAGAAAACAAACAAGAAACAACACUCUCGUAAAGAACAAAGAAAAGGAAAUCCAAUGAAAUUAUGUAGAAACUUCUUAUAUGAAAAUGAAAAUUGGUGUAAAAG